ACACAGCGAGCGCUUCGUACUCCCAAGGUCGAUAUAAGCCGCAAGCGCCGGACUCCGGCCGACACUUCGUGUGGUUCACUUCUCGCUCAGCGGUGGCGAGAUUCUGACGCUGAAGUACCAGACAUCAAACAUCCUCUUGUGACUCAGACCACCUGCUUCUCUACCGGAAUCAUGCCCACUAAACAUUUGGGAUCUGGGAGCGAGCAGCCUGCCAAGCAGGCGGACAAACUGCGCCUGUACGGGAUGCGCUUCUGCCCCUACGUGCAGCGGAUCCGCAUAGUGCUCAACGCCAAGGGACUGGACUACGACGAGGUGUUUGUGGACCUCAAGGACAAGCCCGAAUGGCUGUUCAAGAUGCACCCCAAGGGCCUAGUACCCGUGUUGGACACGGGCGACAAGAUCGUAAUAGAAUCGUUGGACAUCGCAGACUUCCUCGAGGAGAAAUAUCCGCAGCCCGCCCUCUACCCGAACUCCGAGCGCAAAGCUGAGGACAAAGCGCUCAUUGAGAAGUUCGGCAAGGUGGCCGGAGCUAUCGGUAGGGCGUUUCAUGACAAAGAGAAUAAGCCCGUACAAGAAUUUUUAAAUGAAGUAACAGACGUUUUGGCAGAUUUUGAAGUCGAACUGAACAAACGAGGAACAACCUUCUUCUCGGGCGAGAAGCCGGGCAUGGUGGACUACAUGAUUUGGCCGUGGACGGAGCGCUCCAAACUGCCGGCGCUGCUCAAGGAGCAAGAGUUCAACUUUCCGAAGGAGAAGUUCCCCAAACUGGUGGCUUGGCGACAGGCCAUUCAAGAGGACGCCGCCGUCAAGCCGACAAUCAUCGAAGCGGACAAACACCUUCGAUUCAUCAAAGUCUACGUUACCGGCAAGGGCGAAUACCUCGACGACGAGUUCUGAAAAUCUCACCCCUGCCCCACGCGACAACGCUGCAUUUGCUUCUCUCGCAUCGUCUGAAUCCGCUAGUAGUACUCUGCAGAAGCGUUUGAGAAAGUAGAUUGUGAUCUCUGCUCUUCCAUCGGGAACUGUCCAAUAGCCGUUCACCGUAAUGAUCGUGACAAUAAAGCACAUGGUUCAUCGUUGUUUUCAAGAAGAUGCAAAGAGACAUAUAAUUUCAUCCACAAUAUCUUAUAUAGUUUGCUACAUGUGAAAUAAAUUCUUACUGCUGCUACUAGCUGUUGUACGAGUAUCUCUCUGAAUAAAGACGAAUGUGACUCAAAAAUUAAUUUUACUUAUCCCUUUUCCAAGGUUUUUCAUAUUAUAUUUGUUUUGACUAUCUGACCUAUUU